GACCAGUUUCUCAAAUCAGAACCAUCAUAUUAGAGUAUAGAGUAUAGAGACGACCAUUAACAGGACCAUUUCAUAUCUGUACAUCAUUAACAAUGGGCAUCUUCUACAAAGUUGUUCUUAUUUCUUUAGUGUUAAACAUAUGGAGAGGCGCUGAAGGCUGGUCAUACCAUUCCUCAACAAACACUAUGAACUGGGAAUCUGCCAGACACUGGUGCAAGCAGCAUUACACCGACAUGGUAGCCAUCCAGAACAAAGAUGAAAUUUAUCACCUCAACAGUAUCCUUCCAAAAGUCAGUGGAUAUUACUGGAUUGGCAUUCGCAAAAUUAAUGGCAUUUGGACCUGGGUGGGAACUAAUAAGAUGCUUACCAAGGAAGCUGAGAACUGGGCGAAGAAUGAGCCCAAUAAUGGAAGAAAUAAUGAAGACUGUGUGGAAAUAUACAUUAAAAGAGGGAAAGAUGAAGGCAAAUGGAAUGAUGAAUCCUGCUUAAAGAAGAAGACUGCACUGUGCUACACAGCAUCCUGCAAAGACGACUCCUGUGUCAGUGGCCGAGGAGAGUGUGUUGAAACCAUAAACAGCCAUAAAUGCACAUGCCUUGGGGGUUUCUAUGGAGACCGAUGUGAACAUGUUGUAAAAUGCAAAUCAGAGGACAUCACCGCACCAGAUCAUGCUAGGGUCCAGUGCUCCCAUCCUCAUAAAAACUUCUCAUAUGACUCUCAAUGCGAAUAUUUCUGUGGGGAGGGUUAUGAACUAAAGGGUUCCAGAACAACAAGAUGCACUUCUAGCACAGAGUGGUCAAACAAACCACCAACCUGUGAACUUGUUCAAUGUCCAGAGCUGACCAGUCCACAGGAAGGCCAAAUGCAAUGCCAACAUCCCAUGGGCCGGUUCAGCUACCAAUCCACCUGUGAGUUUAUGUGUAAAGAAGGACACACGCUGCGAAACUCCAGCUCUUCCACACUGUUCUGUGGGGCAACGGGACACUGGAAUGAUUCACAACCCACUUGUGAAAUUGUAAAAUGCAAACAAGAGGACAUCACCCCACCAGAUCAUGCUAGGGUCCAGUGCUCCCAUCCUCAUAAAAACUUCUCAUAUGACUCUCAAUGUGUAUAUUCCUGUGAGGAGGGUUAUGAACUAAAUGGUUCCAGAACAACAAGAUGCACUUCUAGCACAGAGUGGUCAAACAAACCACCAACAUGUGAACUUGUUCAAUGUCCAGAGCUGACCAAACCACAGGAAGGCCAAAUGCAAUGCCAACAUCCCAUGGGCCGGUUCAGCUACCAAUCCACCUGUGAGUUUAUGUGUAAAGAAGGACACACGCUGCAAAACUCCAGCUCUUCCACACUGUUCUGUGGGGCAACGGGACGCUGGAAUGAUUCACAACCCUCUUGUGAAAUUGUAAAAUGCAAACAAGAGGACAUCACCCCACCAGAUCAUGCGAGCGUCCAGUGCUCCCAUCCUCAUAAAAACUUCUCAUAUGACUCUCAAUGUGAAUAUUUCUGUGAGGAGGGUUAUGAACUAAAGGGUUCCAGAAAGACAAGAUGCACUUCUAGCACAGAGUGGUCAAACAAACCACCAACAUGUGAACUUGUUCAAUGUCCAGAGCUGACCAAGCCACAGGAAGGCCAAAUGCAAUGCCUCCAUCCCAUGGGCCGGUUCAGCUACCAAUCCACCUGUGAGUUUAUGUGUAAAGAAGGACACACGCUGCAAAACUCCAGCUCUUCCACACUGUUCUGUGGGGCAACGGGACGCUGGAAUGAUUCACAACCCACUUGUGAAAUUGUAAAAUGCAAACAAGAGGACAUCAACGCACCAGAUCAUGCGAGCGUCCAGUGCUCCCAUCCUCAUAAAAACUUCUCAUAUGACUCUCAAUGUGUAUAUUCCUGUGAGGAUGGUUAUGAACUAAAGGGUUCCAGAACAACAAGAUGCACUUCUAGCACAGAGUGGUCAAACAAACUACCAACAUGUGAACUUGUUCAAUGUCCAGAGCUGACCAAGCCACAGGAAGGCCAAAUGCAAUGCCUCCAUCCCAUGGGCCGGUUCAGCUACCAAUCCACCUGUGAGUUUAUGUGUAAAGAAGGACACACGCUGCAAAACUCCAGCUCUUCCACGCUGUUCUGUGGGGCAACGGGACACUGGAAUGAUUCACAACCCACUUGUGAAAUUGUAAAAUGCAAACAAGAGGACAUCACCCCAACAGAUCAUGCUAGGGUUCAGUGCUCCCAUCCUCAUAAAAACUUCUCAUAUGACUCUCAAUGUGUAUAUUCCUGUGAGGAGGGUUAUGAACUAAAGGGUUCCAGUGCAACAAGAUGCACUUCUAGCACAGAGUGGUCAAACAAACCACCAACAUGUGAACCUGUUCAAUGUCCAGAGCUGACCAAGCCACAGGAAGGCCAAAUGCAAUGCCAACAUCCCAUGGGCCAGUUCAGCUACCAAUCCACCUGUGAGUUUAUGUGUAAAGAAGGACACACGCUGCGAAACUCCAGCUCUUCAACACUGUUCUGUGGGGCAACGGGACACUGGAAUGAUACACAACCCUCUUGUGAAAUUGUAAAAUGCAAAUCAGAGGACAUCACCACACCAGAUCAUGCGAGCGUCCAGUGCUCCCAUCCUCAUAAAAACUUCUCAUAUGACUCUCAAUGUGUAUAUUCCUGUGAGGAGGGUUAUGAACUAAAGGGUUCCAGAAAGACAAGAUGCACUUCUAGCACAGAGUGGUCAAACAAACCACCAACAUGUGAACUUGUUCAAUGUCCAGAGCUGACCAGUCCACAGGAAGGCCAAAUGCAAUGCCAACAUCCCAUGGGCCAGUUCAGCUACCAAUCCACCUGUGAGUUUAUGUGUAAAGAAGGACACACGCUGCGAAACUCCAGCUCUUCCACACUGUUCUGUGGGGCAACGGGACGCUGGAAUGAUUCACAACCCUCUUGUGAAAUUGUAAAAUGCAAACAAGAGGACAUCACCCCACCAGAUCAUGCUAGGGUCCAGUGCUCCCAUCCUCAUAAAAACUUCUCAUAUGACUCUCAAUGUGAAUAUUUCUGUGAGGAGGGUUAUGAACUAAAGGGUUCCAGAAAGACAAGAUGCACUUCUAGCACAGAGUGGUCAAACAAACCACCAACAUGUGAACUUGUUCAAUGUCCAGAGCUGACCAAGCCACAGGAAGGCCAAAUGCAAUGCCUCCAUCCCAUGGGCCGGUUCAGCUACCAAUCCACCUGUGAGUUUAUGUGUAAAGAAGGACACACGCUGCGAAACUCCAGCUCUUCCACACUGUUCUGUGGGGCAACGGGACACUGGAAUGAUUCACAACCCACUUGUGAAAUUGUAAAAUGCAAACAAGAGGACAUCACCCCACCAGAUCAUGCUAGGGUUCAGUGCUCCCAUCCUCAUAAAAACUUCUCAUAUGACUCUCAAUGUGAAUAUUUCUGUGAGGAGGGUUAUGAACUAAAGGGUUCCAAAACAACAAGAUGCACUUCUAGCACAGAGUGGUCAAACAAACCACCAACAUGUGAACCUGUUCAAUGUCCAGAGCUGACCAAACCACAGGAAGGCCAAAUGCAAUGCCUCCAUCCCAUGGGCCAGUUCAGCUACCAAUCCACCUGUGAGUUUAUGUGUAAAGAAGGACACACGCUGCGAAACUCCAGCUCUUCAACACUGUUCUGUGGGGCAACGGGACACUGGAAUGAUUCACAACCCACUUGUGAAAUUGUAAAAUGCAAAUCAGAGGACAUCACCACACCAGAUCAUGCGAGCGUCCAGUGCUCCCAUCCUCAUAAAAACUUCUCAUAUGACUCUGAAUGUGAAUAUUUCUGUGAGGAGGGUUAUGAACUAAAGGGUUCCAGAACAACAAGAUGCACUUCUAGCACAGAGUGGUCAAACAAACCACCAACAUGUGAACUUGUUCAAUGUCCAGAGCUGACCAAGCCACAGGAAGGCCAAAUGCAAUGCCAACAUCCCAUGGGCCGGUUCAGCUACCAAUCCACCUGUGAGUUUAUGUGUAAAGAAGGACACACGCUGCAAAACUCCAGCUCUUCCACACUGUUCUGUGGGGCAACGGGACACUGGAAUGAUACACAACCCUCUUGUGAAAUUAUAAAAUGCAAACAAGAGGACAUCACCCCACCAGAUCAUGCGAGCGUCCAGUGCUCCCAUCCUCAUAAAAACUUCUCAUAUGACUCUCAAUGUGUAUACUCCUGUGAGGAGGGUUAUGAACUAAAGGGUUCCAGAACAACAAGAUGCACUUCUAGCACAGAGUGGUCAAGCAAACCACCAACCUGUCAAAUUAUUCACUGCCCAGCCCUUGACAGUCCUGUCAAUGGAGAGCAGAACUGCACCUCCUGCUUUAAUUACGGGAGCAAAUGCAGCUUGAGUUGUUUUGAAGGAUUCCAGCUCCAGGGAGCUUCAGAGAUCAGCUGUACAAAAACAGCAAAGUGGAGUCAGGAACCACCUCACUGUGAAGCAAUGGUCUGCCCACAACUUCAUGAGCCUAUUAAUGGGCAUAUAAACUGCUCAUCUGAAGAGUCCACCUUUAACACCGUCUGCAUCUUCAGCUGUCAUGAAGGCCACCAACUCGAAGACCACAGUAACGAGAUCGUGAUGUGCAACUACAAUGGGAGCUGGUCAGGGGAAGUGGCAGUGUGUCAAGCUUCUCCUGAUCCCUCUGCAUCGCCCUUCGAAGUGACAGAAGUGACUCUUGGGGUUGGAGGUGCUGUCGGCGCCUCCAUUCUGGGCUUUGUUCUCUGGAUACUGAAGAGACUGAGGAGAAAAGCUAGCAAUUUUGACCUAAACAGUACCUCGGAUACUGAGGAUCCACCACAGUUUUAUAAGAACAGUGUUGACAGUCUCAUAUAGACCAAAAUACCAUCAAAUAGCAGACAGUAUAUAAGGACAACUGCCUCGCUGGAAUAAAAAUGUAUGUCAUCACAAAUGAUUUGAGACACUUGGAUAUUUUUAAACUUUGAGGGGCAAUUUCAGUUACUAGGCAACAGUAACUGAAUGUAAUUUCUCCUUCCCAACGGAAGCGUUAAUUAUUUACUUGACUGAACAUAUUGUUCUGUAGCCUACUAUUUAAAUGUCCUAUUUUUAUGUUAUUAAUAUACACAUUUCUUGUACUAUUUAUUGUUCCUAAACCCUAUUGGUCCUAUUAAACUGUUUUAACAUAUAAACCAAUAAAGUGUGACAUUUAUGACAUCGCGACUUGGUGUUUGAAUGCAUUUUCCACUUUCAGAUGAGCAUCUGAAACUUAAAAAAAAAAGCAUAUAUUUUUCAACAUGAAAGCAUAAAUGAACAUUUACUGUAACUGGUCAUUCCAUUUGUAGAAUCAUUAGCUGUAAAUGUGAACCUUAACACCUAAAUAAAAGCUGGAAG